AUUCGCGGAAGCUGCUGGAGCUUUGCGCACUAUAUUCUGUGGCAACACAAGAAAGAGCGAUUUUGUUACUUUUGCUUGUCAGUGUUUUUCUGUUUAGUGAUAAUUCUUGUAUGGUCAAUAGGUGAAAACGGGUUUUCAUAUUAUUUUUGUUUGUUACUAUCACGCUGUGAAGUGGUUUUCUCAGAAGAUUUAUACACUUAGGACUGGUACUCUGUCCCAUUUUAUUUGUAAACAAAAAAGGGGUGAAUGUAAAUACGUUUUGUGCAAAAUGAUUUAUUAAAAUGUGAAAACAGGUGUCCACCGGCAAAAUGCUACAGAUUCAUGGACUUCUUGUUAUUGGGUUUAUCAAUUUUGUUUAUGCUACAAAUUCUACCUUGAAAGGAAAGGAUAUACUGCAAGAAACAGUCACAACCUGUUCCCCAAACCAUUUUCGUUGCAACAAUGGUCAAUGCAUAUUGGCAUCGUGGCAAUGCGACUCGACUCCACAGUGUGAUGACGGAAGUGACGAAUCCGCCGAAGAGUGUCUGCUAAAGCAAAAUUGCGGACCGGAAACGUUUCAAUGUGCGCUCACAAAAAAAUGCAUACCCAGCGGAUGGGUAUGCGACGAAGAGCCGGAUUGUGGUGUUUCACCGGAAUUAGGCGACGACCUAUCUGACGAAAACCCGCAGCAGUGCCACAAGGGUCCAAACUGCCGCUGGAACUACGCUGCAUGCAGCGACGGCCCCUACUGCAUCCUCAUCCAAAAGUUCUGCGACGGCCAUGGCGACUGUCCCGGCAACAGCGACGAGUGGAACUUUUGUCACAACAAGUCGCUCAGCUGCGACAAGCUGCAGUGCAGCUACGGCUGCAAGGUGACGCCGCAGGGUCCGCGCUGUCACUGCCCGGAAGGAAAGCGACCGGAAGACAGCAAAUGCGUCGAUGCCAAUGAGUGCGAGUUGGAUGGAUCUUGUGCGCAGAUAUGCACCAACACUCUCGGAUCGUUUACUUGUAGCUGCGUGUCAGGGUACGAGUUAAAUGGCACCAACUGUAUUGCUGUAAAUGCUCCUAAGUCCGAACCAGCUUCCCUUAUAUUCUCGACACCAUCAGAAAUCAAACGGAUAACCCUCGACGGAAAAUCCUGGCCCGGAAACUCCACCAUAAGACUAAUCAACAACAACGCCCUGGAAUUCAUCCACAGAAACCACACGAUCUGCUACAUCCACCACAACGUGACGAAAACGUCCCUGGUGUGCGCCAACAUAAACAACAUGAACGAACGUUGGGAGCUCAACGACGCUUCCUCGCUGCUGGAGGUCGAGUCCAUUCAGCAAAUGUCUUUGGAUUGGGUUUCGAACAAUUGGUAUUUCCUGGACGACCAGAGAGAGCUGAUUAUCGUGUGCACGAGCGACUUAAAAUGGUGCAACAUGCUUAUCGAUUACGAGUUAAGCAAACCUCGCGCUCUAGCUUUGGAUCCGACAAGUGGGUACAUGUUUUUCACCAAGUGGGGACAUUCGCCGCCUAUGCUGGAACGAUGCAAGCUCGAUGGGUCCGAUAGAAGGACCAUAGUGAACCAUAAAAUCGUUUACCCCUAUGGGGUAUCGGUGGACUACCCCAAUAAACACGUAUACUGGAUAGAUACCUACUUGGACUACGUGGAAAGAGUUGAUUUUGAUGGAAAACAUAGAAGGACCGUCAUGAGGGGGAUAAGGGUGCAAAACUUGUAUGGUAUCGCGCCGUUUCAAAAUAAACUCUAUGUUUCCUCAUGGUACAAUAACAGUAUUUUGGAGAUUGAUAAGUAUGAGCAUAAGGAAAAGUAUAUUGUAGCAAACAUUGGGCGACCUUUUAAUAUACACGUGUUCCACAGACAGAGACAGCCUGAUGUGGCCCAUCCAUGCAAAAUGGAGAAUAUCUGCGACCACAUAUGCAUUCCGAUGUGGAACAAAGAUAUAGCUAUCAAAAAAUGUAUAUGUUCCUCUGGUUACCGGCUUAUCGGCAACAAAUGUGUCGUAGUCACGCCGCCAAAGUUCCUAUUGAUAUCGAAAAGCAUCCCUUACUCGAUUAAGGGCGUGGACAUGGAAAACGGUAACGACACCUUGAUUCCUAUAACGAAAAUAGGGCUUUCCAAAGCUCUGGAUUUCGACGGUGCUACAAACACUUUAUUUUACGCUGACUCUCAGGACAUGGGCAUUCACAUGGUGCCAAUAAACGAUACCACCAACAUAACAGACCUGGUUAAGCACGUCGAGUGCGACGGUAUCUCGUACGAUUGGAUAUCGAAGAAUUUAUAUUACACAAACAUGGAGCGCGGUAGUAUUGCAGUGGUAAAAGUUUCUAAUAACACUAUAACUAGGACGCUUAUACAAAGUACCACUUUAAGUCCUGCUUCUAUUGCCGUCGAUCCCACUAGGGGGGUUAUGUAUUGGGCCGAUUGGUCCGACUUGUCGCCCGAGAAAGGCCGAAUAGACACGGCGAACAUGAACGGAAAGAACCGAACUGUGCUUGUCAGCAAAGACAUUCACUGUCCCAUGGGGUUGACGAUCGAUUUUAAAGGAAAGCGUUUGUAUUGGUGCGAUAAACUCCUCAGGAAGAUUGAGAGCGUUGAUUUUAAAGGAGGUACUAGGAAAAUUGAGUUGAGUGCCGGAUUAAAUGCGCCCAUAAGUCUUGCGAUUGAUUUUCAGGGAGAAAACAGGGAUUUUUAUUUAAUUGAUAAGGGAAUGUUGAGGAAGUUUAACGAGAAAACCGGAUUGCAGUAUGUGUUUUCUAACUAUUAUAAGGAGAGUCCCUUGUUCUACAGUCUGAAGAUAUUUGAUAAGACGGUUCAAACAUCCAAAGAAAUAAACUGCGCCAACUGCCCCGAACUCUGCAUACCUUUGGAAAACCGCACGGAAUGCGCAUGUCAAGACGGCUACCAACACGUCGACGCCACCUGCGUGAAACAGCUGAACUACCGCAUGCCCUCCUACUGCCCGGCAGACAACUUCCAGUGCCACUCCGAGAAGCACUGCAUCCCGUCGUCGUACAUCUGCGACGGCGUGAAAAACUGCGAGGACGGUUCGGACGAAUCCUCCGACGCCGGCGGGCCCUGCGAGAACAUCUCCUGCGGCGAGCAUCAGCUGAAAUGCGACAAGAUCACCUGCAUAGCUCCGCAUUGGGUGUGCGACGGGGAGAACGAUUGCCUGGACGGCACGGACGAGGAUCCGGCCCGGUGUUCCAAGGUUUGCAGCCCGUCGCAGUUCAAGUGCAAGGAGUCCGGGAGGUGCAUAGCGAUGGUUUGGAGGUGCGAUAACGUGAACGAUUGCGGGCCUGGAGAUGAUAGUGAUGAGCACGACUGCACGAUUGUAUUUCCAGAGGUGAACACGUGCGAGGUGAACGAGUUCACGUGCAAGAGCGGCCAGUGCAUCCCCAUGGACUACUACUGCGACUCCACCGAAGACUGCGACGACGGAACCGACGAGCUGAACUGCGCCACCUGCAAUCCGACCACGCAGAUCGCGUGCACGCCGCUAAACAAGUGCCUGUCGACCAGCGUGAAGUGCGACGGCCGGUCCGACUGUCCGGACGGAUCGGACGAGAAGGAUUGCGGCAAGCAGCCGUGCGAGGAGAACGAGUUCGCCUGCGCCAAUUUCGAGUGUAUUCCAAAGAUGUUUUUCUGCGACGCAACUGUAGACUGCCUGGACGGUUCGGACGAAAUGAACUGCGAUCCCACGAAGAUAAAAAACGUAACGCAGCACAAAAAUUUUCACUGCGUCGCCCCCAACAUAACCUGCGACAAUCAAACCAAAUGCCUGACGCCGUCUCAGCUGUGCGACAACAAGCAAGACUGCCUCGAUCACUCCGACGAAAGCGUCAUAUGCAAGCGCACAAACAACAAAACGAUCGCCUUCAAUUGCGAGUACCCGAACAGACUUUGCGACAACGACACGAAGUGCAUAUCGACGGAUCAACUGUGCGACGAAGUCGAGGAUUGCGUCGAUGGAUCGGACGAGGGCAUCAGAUGCGUCGAGCGGCUGUGCGAUCACAGCUACGCGUGCUCGCACAACUGUCACAACUCCCCGGACGGGUUGAUUUGCUCUUGCCCGUCGCAUUUGCACCUGCAAGCGGACAGAUCGACUUGCUUGGAGACGCACCCUUGCGAAGCCUGGGGCGUUUGUUCGCAGAAAUGCACCCCCAGAGGUUCGCGGUACAAAUGUACUUGUCAGCACGGUUAUGUCUUGCAGAAAGACGGGUUUACUUGCAAGAGCACGGAUCCCGGUACGCCGUACGUUAUUUUUAGCAACAGGCACGAGUUGAGGGGGAUACAGUUGCACAGUUUUGGGUUGAAGUCGUUUAUUUCCAACUUGAAGAAUACCAUUACUCUGGAUUUUCAUCAUACCCCAGAAAAUGACAUGGUUUUCUGGACUGACAUUAUGGACGACAAAAUAUACAGAGGUACCAUCAUAGGCGGCUUCAUAGGCAACAUAGAGGCAGUGGUCCAAACAGGCCUCUCCCGCGCAGAGGGUCUGGCCGUCGAUUGGAUCGGGGAAAAUUUAUAUUGGAUCGAGAGCAACUUGGAUCAAAUCGAAGUGGCAAAGUUGAAUGGAAGUUUCCGGCGCACCUUGGUUGCCGGCGAUAUGGAAAGCCCUCGAGCCAUCGCCGUAGAUCCCAGAGACGGUUUAUUGUUUUGGACGGACUGGGAAAAAUCUUUGCCGAGAAUCGAGAGGUGCUCAUUGGCCGGCCUGAACCGGGAGAUUGUCGUGAGAGUUGACGAAGACGGAAGCGGCGGCUGGGCUAACGGCUUAACUCUCGACUACGAUUCGAGGAGAAUAUAUUGGAUAGACGCCAAAUCCGAUUCGAUUCACACCACGAAGUACGACGGAAGUGAUCACCACGAAGUGAUGUCCAACCACGAGCUGCUCUCGCACCCGUUCGCCAUCACUCUCUUCGAAAACUACGUCUAUUGGACGGAUUGGCGCACCAAUAGCGUCGUUAGAGCUAACAAGUGGACAGGGGGUGAUGUCAAAGUGGUGCAGAAAACGCUGACGCAACCGUUCGAUAUUAAGGUGAUGCACCCGAGUCGGCAUCCAACUGAUGGCGUCAAUCCGUGCGGGAAGAAUAAUGCAGGGUGUUCGCAUUUGUGUUUGCUGCAUUUGAAUCACACUUAUAGGUGCGAUUGUCCUCAUAUUAUGCGGCUUAGUACGGACAACAAGACCUGUGUGGAGAACGAGAAGGUUCUUUUGAUCGCAAGAAGCAGCGAGAUAAGAGGCGUCGACAUCCAGCAACCUUACUAUCACACAAUCCCCACAAUAAGCGUCCCCCAAGUUCUCAAUCCGGUCCAGUUGGAGUACGUGGCGUCCUUGAGCAUGCUGUACUGGGCCGACUCGCACAUAAACGAAAUAAAAAGAUCCGGCCUCACAUCAGGACCGUCGGAAAUCCUGAUCGACACCACGGGCCUGCACAAUCCCUCCGGUAUCGCGAUCGAUUGGAUAUCGCAUCUGAUGUUCGUUUCGUCGGCUUCCGGCAUAACAGUUUGCAAUCUAGAGGGCGAAUACAGUGCCACUUUGAUUCAGAACGAGGAUAUUUUGUCUAUAGCCGUCAACCCGCAUCAGGGUUUCUUAUUUUUCAUAACCUCGCUCAACUUUACGUCCGCAAACUUGGAAAGUAUGCUGAUGGACGGCAGCUCGCGUAAAAUAAUCGGGAGGGAUUUAAAAACGAGCUCGAAAAGUUUGACUGUCGACUUGGAUUCCAACCGAUUGUAUUGGAUAAGUGGGUUUGAAAUAUUCUACAGCGAAUUUGACGGUACAGGCGUUACCAAGUUGAACCUCGUAUCGCACGUUAUAUCCGCCUUAACCGUGUACAAAGGAAAGGUUUACUACGCCGACGAUAACGAGGAUCUGUCGAUCAGACUGGCCGAUAAAACGACGGGAGCUGACGAUACCCUGCUCAGGAACGGCACCGGCGGCGUUUUGGCGCUAAGAAUCUACGAUCCGUCGGAACAGAAAGGUUUCCAUCCGUGCCAACUGAACAAGGGCGGUUGCGAGCAUUUGUGCUUGCCGACCUCCUACAACGGUUACGCUUGUAAAUGCGCCACUGGGUACAGCAGAGUUCCGAAGAACUUCUCGAGAUGUGUAGGGGUGGACGAGUUCAUCUACUACUCCCUCAACUGGGAGUUGCAAGGUCUCGCUUUGGACGGUAGUAAUGAAACGCAAGUCUUGGGUCCGAUAUCGCGGGUGCUCAGCGCAACCUCCAUAGACUUUGACGUGGAAGAAGACACCAUCUAUUGGGCGGAUAGCGAUCAUGGUACCGUGACCAGAAUAAAACGAGACGGUACCAAUAGAAAACAGAUCCUUGAGCAGACGGUGUUGGACAAUGGACCUGUGGAUUGGCUUACAGGCCUCGCCGUUGAUUGGAUAGGCAAAAAUAUGUUCUGGUGCGACUCCAAGCGGGGAGUAAUUGAAGUGGCCGGCGUUGACGGUACCAAACAGCACGUUCUACUGUCAAACGACAUCGGUAAACCCACUUCCUUGGUAGUGGAUCCCAUUAAAGGCUACCUGAUUUGGGCGAGCGGUCCCAAAAUCGAAAUCGCCACAAUGGACGGCCAAAAUAGAAAGUUACUGUUGGAUAAUCAAGUGUCUAUAUCCGACAUUACGUUAGAUUCCCAAAUGGAAUUUGUUUAUUUCUGUGAUUCCGGCAGCAAUUCUAUCGGAAGAAUUAAAUAUGAUGGCAGUGAAUUUUCCGUCCUACUUAACAGUUCCCUGGAAAACCCGGUAGCUUUAACUGUGAUCGAUGACAAAAUGUAUUGGAUUGAUACUACACAUAAACGUGGCAGCAUUAAGGUAGCUUUAGUGUAUAAUUUGUCAGAUUAUACGGUUUUGCAGCAUGAUUUAGGCGAUUCCAUUAAGGAUAUACAAAUUUAUUCCAAGAAAAAACAGGGAGGAACAAACCCCUGCGCUAAAAAUAACGGAGGAUGUGAACAACUUUGCUUGUUUAACAGCACUCACCCUGUAUGCUUGUGUUCACAUGGCAGGCUUACUUCUAAUGGAAAGAAUUGUGAAGCAUUUGAAAGCUUUAUAAUGUACUCAAAAGUGGUGAGCAUUGAAUCAAUUCAAAUGAUAAGUGACAAAAAUCUGCAAAACUCACCACAUCCUAGCAUAAAAAAUAAUACAUUGUUGAAAAAUGCUAUUGGUCUUUCGUUUAGUUACAAACAUCAACGUUUAUUCUAUUCUGAUAUACAAAAAGGUUCCAUAAAUUCCGUGUUUUACAACGGUAGUGAUCACAGGAUUAUAGUGGAGAGGCAAGGUUCAGUCGAAGGUUUAGCGUAUGAGCAAAUAAUGAACGCGCUAUACUGGACUUGCAAUAACGAAGCCACAAUCAACAGAGUAAAAUUAUCCGAUGACAUGACAAACGCAUCCAGUGUUGAAACUAUAGUAAGGCUAAGAUCGCAGGAUAAACCUCGCGGCAUUGCGAUCGACAGCUGCGGCAACCGAUUGUUCUGGACUAACUGGAACUCGCACCAACCCAGCGUUGAAAGGGUGUUUUUGUCGGGUUUUCGAAGAGAGACGAUCAUUAAAACCGACAUUCGCAUGCCCAAUGGUAUUACUUUGGAUCACAAGGCGCAGAAGUUGUACUGGGCAGAUGCGAGAUUGGAUAAAAUUGAAAGAUGCGAGUACGAUGGUACUAAGAGAGUGGUGCUUGCAAAAGUAACCCCACAGCAUCCGUUUGCUUUGGCUGUGUACGGCGAUUUUAUUUAUUGGACCGAUUGGAUGCUGCAUGCAGUCUUGAGAGCGGACAAAUACACUGGGCAGUACGUUGUUUUAUUACGCAGAGAUGUCUCGAGACCCAUGGGUAUAGUCGCUGUUGCCAACGACACCGACGACUGCUUCUCGAAUCCAUGUUCGAUAAUGAACGGCGGUUGCGAGGACGAGUGUCGUUUAUCCCCCUCGGGCAAAGUCGAGUGCGCAUGCUCGGAGGGCCACGUGUUGAGCGAGGACGGCCGAUGUUUCACGAACGUGCCGGCCAAAUGUGGCACGAACCAGUUUAGGUGCUCGGACGGCAGUUGCAUACCGACCGAGCUGACUUGCGAUGGUUUCUACCAUUGCCCUGACAGAUCGGACGAGGAGGAAGGUUAUUGCGCGAGGAGGCGCUGUCCGCAGGGUUGGUUUUUGUGUCAGAAUAAGCGAUGCGUUUUGCAGAAGAUGAUUUGCAACGGGAUCGAUAACUGCGGGGAUUCUUCCGACGAGCAGAAUUGUUCUUGCAGCGAGACCGAGCAUUUUCAGUGCCAAAACGGGCAGUGCGUUCCGAAGAGUGUGCGGUGCGAUCACGAUCCUGAUUGUGGCGAUAAAAGUGACGAAAUCGGAUGUCCAAUGCCAAAUUGCACGGAAAUAUCCGGCCUCAACUUUAUCAACUGCAAGCAUACAACGGCUUGCAUACACAUGAACUGGAUAUGCGACGGUUCGGACGAUUGUUGGGACAAUUCGGACGAAGAGAACUGCAAAUUUAACAAAACCUGCGACCACACGCAAUUCCGAUGCGCCUCCGGCCACUGCAUACACUACAAUUACAGAUGCGAUGGGCACGAUGAUUGUCACGACUCCACCACUCCGAAUGCGCUGAGCUCCGAUGAAACACACUGCAAUCAUUCUUGUUCUGCGAACGAAUUCGCCUGUGGUGAUUCUUCCUGUAUCCCCCUAUCGGCCAGAUGUAACGGCGCCAUUGACUGCAUAGACUUGAGCGAUGAAUACGAUUGCAAAGUGCAAUGCAAAGCCGAACAAUUUAAAUGCAAAAAUGGCGAGUGCAUCCCGAAACCGUGGGAAUGCGACGGCCAUCCUGAUUGCAAAGAUCAAUCUGACGAAACGGAACAUUGCAGCAGAACUAAUUGCAAUGAAAACGAAUUUAGGUGCAACAGUACGGGAAAAUGCAUUCCGAAGACGUGGGUUUGCGAUGGUGACAACGAUUGCAUGGACGGUGCAGAUGAAAACCCAAUACAAGACUGUGGGUCUCAAUUUUGCGACGCGGAAGAGUUCCAAUGCGACGACGGUUCCUGCAUAGCGCAAGAGAACUACUGCGACGGCGACAGAGACUGCAACGACGGCAGCGACGAAACGUCGAACUGCUACAAAACGUGCACCCCGUUCGAGUUCCGCUGCAACAACAGCAAGUGCAUCCUCGAGCUCCUCAAGUGCAACGGCAAAGACGAUUGCGGCGACAACAGCGACGAAGAAAAGUGCUCGGAGGAUUACUGCAGCAAAGAUCGGUUCAAAUGCGAGAACAAAGUUUGCAUCAACGAAACCCUGGUUUGCAACGGCGAGAACGACUGCGGGGAUUUCUCCGAUGAAAUAAAGUGCGGGAUCAACGAGUGCUCGGCCAGGCCGUCGCCGUGCGCGCAGAGCUGCGUCGACAAACCGAUCGGCUACGAGUGCAAAUGCAACCCGGGCUACGAAGUGAACCCCAAAAACAAGCAGCUGUGCAAGGACAUCGAUGAGUGCUUGGACCGGCCUUGCAGCCAGGGGUGCCACAACACGAUCGGCUCCUAUCUUUGCUACUGCGAAUCGAACUACGUCUCCAGUUUGGACGGGAAAUCCUGCCGCGCAAACUCCACCGACAACGCCAACCUGAUACUGGCCAACAGAUACUACAUCAGAGAAAUCGAUUUGUUGGGGCACUCGACUUUGUUGGCGCACAAUUUGACCAACGCUGUCGCGUUGGAUUAUGAUUGGGCCAGUCAGUGCAUUUAUUGGUCGGAUGUUACGCAACUGGGCAGCUCGAUUAAGAGGAUUUGCGAUUUUAAGAAGAACAUCACGGUGACGGAUGUUUUGCAUCAGUCGACUUUGCAGAACCCUGACGGAUUGGCAGUGGAUUGGGUUGGAAGAAACCUAUAUUGGUGUGAUAAGGGGUCUGAUACGAUCGAAGUGUCUAGCUUGGACGGUCGUUUCCGCAAAGUUUUAAUCUCGAAGGGCUUGGAAGAACCAAGAGCUAUAGUACUAGACCCAAAACACCGUAACAUGUACUGGAGCGACUGGGGUACGCGCGUGCACAUCGGUAAAGCCGGCAUGGACGUGUCGAACCCCAGAGUACUAAUCAAAUCGGGCCUGGGUUGGCCCAACGCUCUCACUCUAUCACUGGAAACAAACGAAUUGUUUUGGUCCGACGCCAGGGAGGAUUACAUAGCCGUCUCGGAUUUAGAGGGGAAUAACAUCAAGAUUAUUACGAGUCGGCAGAGGAACCCCAAGUUGCAGUUGCACCACGUGUUCGCUAUUGCCGUGUGGGAGGAUUACGUUUACUGGACCGAUUGGGAGACGAAAUCGGUGGAGAGGUGCAAUAAAUAUACGGGUGAGAAUUGCAAGUCUAUAUUGUCCACAGUUCAUAGGCCUAUGGACGUGAGAGUGGUGCAUCCGUUUAAGCAACCUAAAACGGAAAAUCCUUGUGGGAACGCGAAUUGCUCCACGUUGUGCUUGCUGUCGCCUACUGCGCCGUAUUUUACAUGCGCCUGCCCGGAGAAUUAUAUUUUGGGAAGGGAUAAUAAGACUUGCAUUGCUAAUUGCACUUCUGCGCACUUUGAGUGCAAGUCUAGUUACAAAUGCAUACCGUUUUGGUGGCAUUGCGACACGCAGAACGAUUGCGGGGACGGUUCCGACGAGCCGGAGAAUUGCCCGCCGUUCAAGUGCAUGCCCGGGCAGUACCAGUGCAAAAACGGGCAGUGCAUACAUCCGUCGGAUUUGUGCAACGGCAAGAACGACUGCGGCGACUUUUCCGACGAAGCCGACUGCAAGCACUACAACUGCCUGAACAACCAGUUCAGGUGCGACGGUAACGAUAACGUCACCGCCGUUUGCGUGCCGGCGAAGCAACGUUGCAACAAACACAAGGACUGUCCGCUGGGAGAGGACGAGGCCGACUGCCCGCCCGCGACGUGCCCGCCCACCCAGUUCAAGUGCAGCAACGACAAGUGCAUACCGGCCGUGUGGGUGUGCGACAAGGACAACGAUUGCGCCGACAACUCCGACGAGGAGCAGGACUGCGGCAACCGCAGCUGCAGCCCGCAGCACUUCCGAUGCAACUCGGGGCGCUGCAUCCCGCUGGCGUGGCGCUGCGACGGGGAUCCGGACUGCGCGGAGGGUGAGGACGAGCCCGCGACCUGCAGCCAACCUGAGUACCACACCUGCGAGCCCACUUACUUCAAGUGCAACAACAACAAGUGCAUACCGGGCAGGUGGAAGUGCGACUACGAGACCGACUGCGGCGACAAUUCGGACGAGCUCGGUUGCCAGCCGAGGAAUUGUUCUGAAAGCGAGUUCCGGUGCGGAGACGGUAAAUGCAUCAGAGGAAACAUGCAGUGCGACGGGGAGUUCCAGUGCGAAGAUAAGUCGGACGAAGUCGGUUGUAAUACCACUUGCAAGAACAACGAGUUUCAGUGCGUCAAGCCGCAGAUAUGCAUUUACAAAGAGUGGCGUUGCGAUGGAGAAGCCGAUUGUUCUGACGGUUCGGACGAAGCAAACUGCAGUGAAAUAUGCCCGAACAAAGGCUUCAAAUGCCAAAACGGCCUCUGCAUCAACGAAGAAUGGCGCUGCGACGGUCAAAACGACUGCGACGACGGCUCGGACGAGCAAAACUGCUUCUCGUUCGCGUGCCCGAUGGGCAGAUUCCGCUGCAAAAACCACAAAUGCGUCCCGAUAUCCGCAUUGUGCGACGGCUACUCCCACUGCAGCGACAACAGCGACGAAGACAAGUACAUCUGCACGCGCCACGGGCUGUGCACCGCCAAGCAGUUCACGUGCAAGAACGGCAACUGCAUCGACAAGCGGUUCGUUUGCGACGGUUUCAACAACUGCGGCGACGACUCCGACGAAUCGAACUGCGACGAUUCGACCUGCCAGUGGAACUCCUGCUCGCAGAUCUGCGUGGAAAGCAAGAAGCACGGGGUGCUGUGCAAGUGCGCGCAGGGUUACGUGCACUCCAAAAACCACACGUGUUCCGCGGAAGGGGACGUCGCGGAGCUGGUCGUGGCCGUCGAGGCCGACUUGAGGUUGAUGUCGCCGUACAAGUCGGGAGAUCCGAGCGUGUUCAAGAAAACUUUGGCGACGGAGUUUAAAGUCGACGCGGUGGACAUUUUGUACGGUAAACGGCAGGCCGAAGCGUUCUGGACCGAUCACCACAACGGCAGGGUUCAGUCGCUAAUAAUCCGCGUGGAUACGGACGGUAGGUCGAAUAGGGAUGCGGAUGUUCCGAAAACGGUUCUGCAGAAGCUUCAAGAUCCCAGAGGUAUAAGUUUGGAUUGGGUGGCCAAGAGAAUUUACGUCACCGAUAAAAACCGCAUAUUGGUCUCGACUCUGGACGGGAAAACUACGUACACCCUUCUAAGUGGUAAUAUGCAGCAACCGCGAGACAUCGUGGUGGCGCCAGCGCAAGGUUUGCUGUUUUGGGUCGAUUGGGGUCCCAUCGCCAGAAUAGAGACCGCCCAUAUGGACGGAGAUAAAAGGAAGAUGCUGGUUAGUUCCGGCAUCCUUUGGCCUACAGGUUUGGCGAUAGAUUACCCAAAAAGUCGACUGUAUUGGAGCGACCCCAAAACUAUGACCAUAGAAUGCGUUAAGUUUGACGGCACUGACAGGCAAAUCAUACACCGUUUCAAUAAAGAUAUGAGACCAUUUAAGCUGGAAGUAUUUGAGGAGUACUUGUACGUUUCGACUUACCUUAAACACGACAUUUUGCGUUUGAAUAAGUUCGGCAAAGGAAAUAUAACGCAUUUGGUACAAGGACUUACCAGAGUAUCGCAUCUUUUAAUUCUACAGGAAAAUAAACAUAUUAAAAUCAAUAAUACGUGCGACGAGUUUUGUCAUCCUACAGAGUUUUGCCUUUUGACUCCACUGGGGGCCACUUGUACUUGCGCAGAAGGAUACGUCAAAGAUGGCUUGGCUUGCAAACCAAAGUCCGGUUUGUUAUCAGCUUGUCCACUCGAGUGCGGCACAGGAUCUUGCAUAAUAAUCGAAGGAAAAGGCCCUUCGUGUAACUGCCCGCCGCAAUACAACGGCACGCAUUGCGAAAACUACCGCUGCGCGCAAUACUGCAAGAAUCACGGAAUGUGCUUCGUAAACGUCCUAACAAACGAUCUGGUGUGCAAAUGCAACGCCCACUGGACCGGCGAUCGAUGCGAAACCCCGGUAAAUCUGUGCGAAAAUCGUUGCUACAACGGCGGCACCUGUUACAACCCGAAACCGGGCUUCCCGGUGUGCCAUUGCCGCGCAGGUUUCACCGGCAACCGCUGCCAGAACUGUCAAAAAUUGUCGUGCGCGAACGGAGGCGUGUGCACGAAGGAAAACAACAGGGAGUACUGCACGUGCCCGACGGGCUACCGCGGCGAUUUCUGCGAGAUCUCGGUGUGCGGAAAGUACGGCAAAGCCAUCGUCACGCCGAACAACGUGCGCUGCACCUGCUUGCAAGGCUACGCAGGCGAGAAGUGCGAACAGGAUCUCUGCUAUCAGCGGUGCGCGAACGGCGGAACUUGCCGAGUUGGCGCGAAGCAAUCGACCGAGUGCAUUUGUCCGCAAUUCUUUGCGGGAAGGAGGUGCGAAGUGGAUUUGUGCCAGCAAGCGAACCCGCCUGCCGGAUGCAACGCGAGGUGCUCGUGCAAAAACAACGGGGUUUGUAAGAUGAUUGCCGGCAAGCCGAUUUGCAAAUGUUCGGACUCUUGGGGUGGAGCCAAAUGCGAGAUUUAUAUUGGAAAUACAAACCCUUGCAUUAACCACUGUUCAAACGGCGGAAUCUGCCAAAUAAUGUCCCUAGACAAAGACCCUACUUGCAAAUGCACGGAAAAAUGGUCCGGUCCUACUUGUAAAGACCCCGUGGUUUGCAAGACUUACUGUAAGAACGGCGGGACGUGCUCGAUUAGCGACGGCAUUCCUUACUGCCAGUGCCCACCGAACUUCUUCGGUAACAAUUGCGAAAACAUGAAGUUGGGCUUCGACGAAGCCAUAACCACCAAGGAAGAAGGCAGAGGCGUUUUGGUUCCUAUUCUUAUCGCUGUAGCUGUAAUUGUGAUCGUUUUGUUGGUUGGCUUUGUUGUUGUUGAGUAUUUUAUUAAGAAACGUCAAACAUUUUCCCAUGAAAGAUUAAACGAGAACGAUUUCAAUAAUCCCAUUUAUCAAGAUAGAGAUGCUGAACCUUUCACGUUGGACGCAGAUAAGUCUGGCAAUUUUGCCAAUCCAGUGUAUGAGUCUGUGUACAACGGAACAAGCAGCGGAAAGGAUGAAAAAGCGAAUCUCUUAGAGUACAAUGCUGAUGAAACUCCACCUCCCAGUACAGAAGAACUUUAAAUCCAUAUCAAAGAUUUUUAAUUUUAUUUUUUAUAUUAUUUGCUGUGAAUUGUGCCAUUUUAAAUUAAUUUAAUUUUAAUUUUAGCAGCUAUUUAUUAUAGCUGAAUUUUAUUUCGAAACAUUCAUUGGUAUCAUUUAGUUAACAAAAAAUUAACAAACAGACUAAGAUCAUGACGUCCUUGUAUAUAAAUGUUAAAUCUGUGACUGAUAUUAUAUAAAUUAUAUUUUUAUUCGAUUUAUAUACAAAUAUAUUUAUAGCAGCUGUUGAGGUUGUGCAAAAUUAUAGCUCAAAUUUUAUGUGAAAAGCCUGCAUGUGGUUAUUUUCAUUAAAUGUGCUCAAUAAAACUCGAUUUUAAAUACAGGUACUUGUGUAUUAUAUUUAUAACUUUCAACUAGUGUGUAGUUGUAUUUUGUUUAAAAUGUAAGUUUUUUAUUGAAUAAAUGAAGAGAUGUAUAGGGUAAAUGUUAUACAUGACUUUUAUUUAUGUCCAUUUCACAAUAGUCAUAUUUAGGAAAUUACAAGGUAAGUAAAAUAAACUAAAUAGUUGGGGGACAUUUACUUACAAGUACCUACACUAUAACAAAAUAUAAAAAAUCUAGACAGUUCAAAAUUAAUAAUAAAUUAAUUGAAAUUUAAGUAUAAACUUGCAUUCGCCAGA